UUGACAUAAUUCCAUUAUUUCCGGCUAAACAAAACCUGAUCACAUUUUUACGUGCGUAUAUCAAGUUGCGACUAAAGGUCAAAUUAAUUCAAAGUCCAAACUACAAAGGAAACCUCGAUUCAAAGUACGGAUUUAUGGAAAAGAAGAAGAAUUCGAAAGCGUUUGAUCAAAGCUUCGAAAUGAAGAUGUCAAUUACCGCACCGGAUAUCACCGAGCCAAUUCAAAUGGGAGUCGUUCUGAUUAUGUGCACAAUAUUCUUUUUAGGGCACACUCUCGGCACAAUUCUCGCAAUCUAUCUCGUUCUCUCUCCUUGUGCAGUUAUCGCUAUUAUCUACUUGACUUGGUUUUAUGCAUUCGAUUUGGACAUCUCACGACAAGGCGGAAGACGAUUCGAGUUUUUUCGUUACCUGAAAACUUGGCAUUUCUUCAGAGACUAUUUCCCAAUCAAGUUAAUACGGACCAAGCGCCUGGAUCCUAAGAGGAACUACGUAUUCGGCUACCAUCCCCACGGGAUAAUGUGCAUCGGUGCUUGGCUGAACUUUGCCACCGAGGCCACUGGAUUCAGCCAGCUUUUCCCGGGAAUCAAGCCAUAUUUGCUGACACUUACGCUGAUGUUCAAGUUCCCAUUCUUCAGAGAUUUUGUUAUGGCUGGUGGAGUCUGCGAAGUGUCGAAAGAAUCAGUUGAACAUGUCUUGUCUAGAGAGGGGACCGGAAAUGCUGCUGUUAUUGUCAUUGGAGGGGCUGCAGAGUCACUUGAUGCUCGACCUGGCUCACACAAGCUAACCCUUAAAAAUAGAAAGGGUUUUGUGAAAUAUGCUUUAAAACAUGGCGCAUCUCUGGUCCCAGUCUACUCGUUUGGGGAGAAUGAGCUCUACUGCCAGAUGGACAACCCUGAGGGGUCAUGGCUGAGGUCACUGCAGAAGAAAUUGCAGAGGAUGCUUUCAUUUGCUCCACCCGUAUUCUUCGGCAGGGGCUUACUUCCUGGCUCUCUGGGGUUCCUUCCACACAAGAGAUCUGUCUGUACUGUUGUUGGUGCCCCAGUUAUUGUGAAGAGGGUGGUGCCAAACCCCAGUCAAAAGGAGAUUGACAGACUGCAUAAAAAGUACAUUACUGGCUUAAUCAACCUGUUCCAACAGCACAAGCAUCGAUAUGGAAUACCUAAAGAAACAAGGCUUAUCAUACAAUGAUUCAUACAGUCACCGUUAUAAAGAAACAAUUUGAUUUGGAGAUGCCACAACCAGUCAUAAAAAUGGUGGAAAUAUAGAGGCACCAAAAUUGUAAAUAUUUGGAACUAUUUCCUGACAAUUUGUUGGAUAUACAAAAAUUCUUUGUUAGCAAUAAAAUUGCCAAAGCAUUA